GGCUGCAAGGCGCCUGCCAGCCCUUGCUGGAAGCAAUCUCCAGGGUGAGUGUCAGGCAACUUGGUCGUAAUGGAGGCAUCCUUGGCCGAAGAGCUGGAUGAAGAGGAGCAGCUCGUGAGAAGGCAUCGCAAGGAGAAGAAGGAAUUGCAAGCUAAAAUUCAGGGUAUGAAGAAUGCUGUUCCCAAGAAUGACAAAAAAAGAAGGAAGCAACUCACUGAAGAUGUUGCAAAGUUGGAAAAAGAAAUGGAACAGAAGCAUAGAGACGAACUGGAGCAACUGAAGCUGGUUGCCAAGGAGAAUAAGAUAGAUUCUGUUGCUGUUAACAUUACAAACCUGGUACUUGAGAAUCAGCCACCUCGGAUAUCAAAAGCACAAAAGAGACGGGAAAAAAAAGCAGCACUGGAAAAGGAGCGGGAAGAAAGAAUAGCUGAAGCUGAAAUUGAGAAUUUAUCUGGAGCCAGACAUAUAGAAAAUGAAAAACUUGCUCAAAUAUUGGCAGCCAGAGAGUUAGAAAUCAAGCAGAUUCCAUCUGAUGGCCACUGUAUGUAUAAAGCCAUUGAGGAUCAACUGAGAGAACAGGACUGCGCUCUGACUGUGGCUGCUCUACGAAGUCAGACAGCUGAGUAUAUGCAAAGCCAUGUGAAUGACUUUUUGCCGUUUUUAACAAACGCUAAUACAGGAGAUAUGUAUACCCCAGAGGAGUUUGGAAAAUACUGUGAUGACAUUGUGAACACAGCUGCGUGGGGAGGUCAGCUUGAGCUAAGAGCUCUAUCUCACAUUUUACAGACACCUAUAGAGAUAAUACAGGCAGAUUCUCCUCCUAUUGUAGUUGGUGAAGAAUAUUCUAAAAAGCCAUUAACGCUUGUAUAUAUGAGGCAUGCAUAUGGCUUAGGAGAACAUUAUAAUUCUGUUACACGGUUGGUGAACACAGUUACUGAAAAUUGCAGCUAGUUUACAAAAU